AUGGAAGGGGCUUCUUUCGGAGCGGGCCGGGCAGGGGGAGCCAUCGACCCCGUGGAUUUCGUGAAGCAGCCGCAGACUAUCCUCAGGGUGACGGCCUGGAUCUUCUCCAUCGUGGUGUUUGGCUCCAUCGUGAAUGAGUGCUACGUGAACACGGACAUCCGGACCCCUGACCUGCUCUGCAUCUUCAAUGAGAAUGAGAGUGCCUGCAGCUUUGGCAUUGCUGUUGGCAUCAUUGCCUUCUUUGGCUGCAUCUUCUUCUUUGUCGUGGACCUCUACUUCCAGCAGAUCAGCAGCGUGAAGGACCGCAAACGGGCCGUGCUGCUGGACCUUGGCUUUUCAGGUUUCAUGUCCUUCCUGUGGUUUGUAGCCUUCUGCUUCCUAGCAAACCAGUGGCAACGGACGACAAUGAGCAAAGCAGUUUCACAAGGAGCCGACGCUGCCCGGGCAGCAAUCACCUUCUCAUUCUUCUCCAUCAUCGUCUGGGUGGCGCUGGCGGUGAAGGCGCUGCAGAGAUACCGCCUGGGGACGGACAUGUCGCUCUUUGCCACGGAUCAGUUCGCGGCCGACGCCGGCGCGGCCUACCCCGGCUACCCCACCGGCAGCGGCAUCGAGAGCAAAGACACCUACCAGAGCCCCCCCUUCACCGAGACCUUAGACGCCAACCCCAAAGGUUACCAGGCGCCAGUGUACUGAGGGAGGGCCGGGGCCACGUGCCCAGAGACCGAGUCCUACGGUGCAGCACAUUUCACCGGUCGAUCGCAAAUGUAUUCAGUCCCAUUUCCUUAAUGUGGCAAGUCAGUGCUGGGUUCCUUACUAUUAGCUAGUUGUGCAGUGAAUUCUGUACAGUGGUAUUGGUUCUUGUCUUACCUGUCCAAGGGUUUUAUUAAAGCAGUGUUCCCUCUAAGCCAGAAGGAAGGAAGGUUGCUACCACGUCACCUACACGUGGGCGGAGGAUGAAUAAAGGCUCUUUUCUGAGGCUUUAUACCGGGCAGCUGGCGUCGGGCUCAGCCGAGCGCCUGGGAGAGCCCAGAGUACCUUCUCCUGUCAGAAAACACAGUAGCUGAGGAGUUGCCAUUGAAUCUCGUUCUUCCAGAGCUCACCCAGAAUCGCUGUGGUGGUGGCGAGGGCGGGUGGGCAGCGCUGGCGAGGUUGGCCCCGCGCUGCUCCUGCUGCCGAGCUUUCCCGGACACCUUCCACGGAAAGUGCCAAAUUCACCAGGGAAGAAGCAUCUGUGUUACUUUAUUUGUGUAUAUUUACUGUACAAAAAUCCAAACAGGUUUCAAACUUAGCUUAGGAUGCAAGCAGCAUGGGGGGUGCAGCGAGUCAGGGGAUUCUGUUGAAUAUCCAAGUGUCUUCUGUGCUUCAACGGGGUUCUGGUUGAGGAUGCAAAAAGUUCCUGUUGGAAACUGGAAACCAGUUCAGCGGUGGUUGGCUGCUACUUAGGAACAGCCUUUGUUCGGGGGACACUACUGUGUGUUGUGGUUCUGUUUCUUCACUAGGGGCUCGAAGGGCUUGCAAAUUUACAGCUAGUUACUGGUUGGCAAGGCUGAGCAAACUCCAAAGCUGCCAACACCAAAGGGGUGGGUGUCUCAGCGACUCAAAGUCCAAGUCAGUUAGGAGUGGCAUUGGACUGGUAUUUUUAUACCGGGAGCAGCCACCAUCUGUUGUUGGAGGCAGCAGAAGCUCAGGUGUGAAGGUAGAUUUUACCCUGCAGUCUCUGGAAAUGAGGAAUUCUGACAUAGAAUCAAAGACCCCAUAGGCUGUGGCCAUGUGGGGCUCCUGGCCUUGGGUCUGCAGGCAGCAGGAAGAGGGAUGAAUGAAAAGCACUCAGAGAGGAGGCUCAGGUUUUAGUUUCAGCUGCAAAAUUCCUGCCUUGCCAAGAACUAAAUGUGCAAGAUCCAGUAGGUCCCUGUCAGCAACCUGCCCGCUUGCCCCUCUUGCCUGUGCAGUGGCUAAGUGCUGUUUGUCACUAAGGACUAAGCAAAGGAGCUGAAACUUGAAUUCCAAGCACCUCGGUAGCAGCUCUGGCCUUGGAGGCCCCGUCUCUCCUGGGGUUUCGCGGGCUGGGGUUUCUCCUCACCGCUUUAGGUUGCUUUCUGCCUUCUGACCUAGCGACAAGCAAUAGUUCCCGGGCUGCCCCAGCUCUUCUUGUAGCAAAAGCAUCCAGGAGGUUUGUCAUCGUCAACACAGCGCGUUUCUGCUGCUAAACCGCAGGUAACCACAUUUGUUAACACGCAGCAAAUCUCAUCGAGCGGUCCUGGUCAGGGACAAAGUGCGUUACGGGGCUCCCCGACUCCUCAGUGCGGGUUGGGGGAGCGUGUGCAGCGUGGCUGGAGCCGCGCGGCAGCCGUCCAGCGGCGCUUCCCGCCACGCUGCAGCCUCCCCUGGCAGAGCCAUGGCACCGAGACCCGCUGUCCUGCCGCGAUCCCACCGUGGGCUUUUGCCCCAGUCUCUCUGGGCACCUCUGCACCCACUUUGAGGCCCAGAAGCUGCCGGGGCAGGGAGCGCUCAGCGGACGCUGUGCUGCAUUAUCUGAGUGUCAACUCGCUCAGCUGGUGCCAAGAGGUGACCCCGAGGCAUCUGCAGUGGCCCCUGGCAGCAGGGCUUGGUGAGCAGCGAGGCAUCCUCACGUUAAGCAGCCCCAGGCCCAGGAUUGAUUACAGAACCCUUGCGAUUCCUCUGGAGUCAGCCAGGCAAAGGAUUUCAGUACAGGGUAGGGUAGAACUGUAGCAAUAUUUUCCUUAGAGGGAACACUGAAAUUUUAGCAGCACAAACAGUACUUGUGUUAAUAUUUUAGCAAAAUUAUAAUCAAUUUAAAUGUUUAAAUUGAUUGUAUGUGAGAUAAUGUUUGUUGAGUACAUUGUAUUUUUUUCUAACUAUAUAACUGUUGCAGAGUUUCCUUGUAACCGUAAAGAACUAAAGCUCUGUCUGACCGCGGGACCUGUCCUGCCCCCUGGUGUAACCGUGCUGAAUAUUACAAGCUCUGAAUGUACGCACCGAGGCCUGCGUUGCCUUUCUUUUCCCCCUCCCUCCUCCUGAAGGGACCAACCUGCAUCUCCCCACGUGCUCCCACACCCGGACCGAUCUUAAGAGCAGCAGAUGACUCUGGCACAACUUCGGCCCCCCACCGAGGCACCGUAGCUCUUCUCAAGGUCAGCAGCUUUUUACAGCUCCCCAGAAGGCAGUUACUACCUUUAACCUUGCAGUCGGCGCAGUGAGUGUGCAGGGACCUGGCUGUGUUUUGCUGGGCAGGGGAAGAGGAGGAAGGGGCUUGGGCUCUCAAGAGGCUUCUUGGCAGUGGGAAGGCAGCACAGAUUGCUCUUUAAUCAAACUGGAGCCAGGAAUAACAUGACCAGCCACAUCGAGGCACCUGAAGGAAGUUUCACCCUGCUCCCUCUGCCACUGAGAGCGUUGCACUGGGAAGCACCAGCUGUGCCCCAUGGGCAGUGGCAGCAGCGUGGAUGGGCUGGCAGCCCACACAGCGGGGCUUUUGCAGGUGAGAGCAAUGGCUUUCUGCAUGUAGCUGCCCUGCCAAGGCUCUGUCAGGUGGAUGGGGUGGGACACACUGUAAUUACCAAAGCCUGUAGCCCACACACUUUGGGAAGAGCACUCGGCUACUUCAAACAAAACCUAUUUGCUGGUUUGUUGUUGGGGCCGUUGCUGAACAGCCACAAGCUCCCUGAUCCCAUGGCAGUGUGGGCUGGCAGCUGGCGAGGCCCCACAGGACUGAAAACAUGCUUAGAGCAGGGUGAGACACCAGCCCCCGGCGAUGCCACGUGCCUGCCCCAGCACAAAGGCCUCUGUGCAACUCCCCACUCACUGGUCUGUGUCAGCAGAGCCACAUGUUAAUGGUUGUAGCACAUUGCCCUGUCUGUCACUCGUCAGGCAGAUGGGUGUGCACAGGUCUAGAGCUCAAUAGAACCUCAUGGGCUUAUGGUUAGAGAAUUAGAACCAUCAGUGUAGUAACCAUGGUACAUUAUUUGGGGUUUGAGUAUUCCUGUCAUCAUCCUUCAUGCUCCCUUCUCUCACGUUUUGCCUCCUGGCAGCACUGGUGGCUUUCCUUGUAAGUGCCCAGAACACAGUGCAGGGGCACGUCAGGACGGGCUGUGCCAUGCUGUCCCAUGCCAGCCGCUGCCCGGCACUGGCACGGCCUGCCACAUAAUAAAUGUAGAGAUCUCAUAAGCCCCGCAGCUACCUCGGGCUUGCAGGGAUUGUGCUGCUCUCAGGCUUAGCAAGCUGAAAGCUUCUGCUCCAUCUUAGCACUGAAUUUGGGUAUAAAUAAUAGAACUGGAACAAUCCUGUCCCUUCCCUGGCAAAUCCUCCCAAAUUGCCUCACUCCAGGAGGCUGCUGGGGUCACACAGGUACUACUCAGCGCUGAAGAGAACCCCAUCCCGGGACUGCAGGUUUAUUUUAAGCAUAUUAAAAGCUUUGAAAGAAUUGGAUUUUUUCCCCCCAACAUUUUAAGCUGUUCCCAGGGAAGUGGAAGUUUUGCUUCACUGAUGGUGGCAAGAUCUUCCCCUGGCCCCUCCCCUGAGGUCGUGUCCCAGGGCAGUCGGGACUCCACCAGCCACUCUGCCUGACACUGUGUAAGACAGUUCCCAGCACAGCAACAGCCACGGCAUUUCUUUUCUACGUCUGCUGAAUCAGCAAUUUCUUACAGGGUAACUCCACCUUUCUCUCCACACCCACUCCCCAGCACGUGGCUGGUUCUGGUUUAGCUCUGCCCCCUGACGCUGUGAGGUCACUUAAACAAAACUCACACCAGUCUUUGUCUCUUUGCUAGUAAUUCACAUCAUUACCGCUGCAGGAGCAGCAUUUCUCUCAGCAGAACCGACUGUAGGUAGUUGCAGACCCUCUUGCAGCCUCUCUUUGCCCAAAGCUUGGUGGGGAGAGCCACAGGGUCUGGUUCCACGCCCCUGGAAGUGUGGUGGGGUGGGAGGAGAGAGGCUCAGAAACAGCCCCUCACUGCACCCACUCCAAAGCUAAGUUGAGCAUUUAAACCUUGGGUUCUGUAGGAGUUGUAAGAUGAGCCUGAGGCCAGGCGUGGUUGGCCCGUGUAAGGGGUGUUGCAGGUACCUCAGUGUGAGCAGCUCGCUUCAGGCAGCGGCUGUCCCUCCUCUCACGUGCGGUGUAGUACAACGUGGACUGUGUAUGGAAAUAAGUUACAAAUGUUUACAACUUUUGUAUAUAUUAUAUAUAUAAAAAUAUCUUUUGAGAGAACAAGCUGUG